ACAGCUGCACCAUUCCCUGAUACACUCAACAUCUUUGACGAGUCUGUUGACUUCCUUAAAAGCCUGCUGGUUACACGCGUCAUGCCCUCGUUCUACAUCAUCAUCAUCCUCAUCAGUUUGCCUUUAAAUGCUUUGGCCUUAGUGACGUUCACCUGUAGGAUUCGAGAGAAGAAACCAGCUGUGAUCUACAUGGCUCACCUGGCGUGUGUGGACCUGCUCUUCACCCUGCUGCUGCCUCUGAAGAUCCACUACCAGAUGAACGUCUCAGAUUGGGUGUUUGGUGAGGCGAUGUGUCGUGUGCUCACUGCGGCUUACUACUGCUACAUGUACUGCUCCAUACUGCUGAUGAUGUGCAUGAGUGUGGACAGGCUGCUGGCUGUAGUGUUUCCCGUCGCUUCUCUGACCUGGAGGAGUGCAAGGAAAGCCACAUUCAUAUGCACAUUAGUCUGGCUGCUAGCGCUGGCUGGUACGGUGCCACUUCUCUUAAUGAGUCAAACAGUUAACGUUAAGAACGUGGGCGUCACCUGCCAUGACGUGCUACGCCAAAAUAACCCUGCAGUACUGUAUUAUGUGUACCUGUUCUCUAUUCUCUCCUGCCUCUACUUCUUCUUGCCUCUGGUUGUCACCUUAGUAAGCUACUCCACCAUUAUAUAUGCGCUCAAUGUAAAAUCUGAUCGCUUAGCAACAUCAUCUUCAAACAACCGAAGGAGAGCUGUGAUUAUGGCUAUCGCUGUGCUGAUUGAGUUUGUAGUGUGCUUUGCUCCAACUAAUGGCAUUCUGUUGUACCACUGUGUUCAAUUAGCUACUGGAGGCCACCGCGAGGGAGAUUCAUCAUAUGCGGUUUACCUGUUGGCUGUAUGUUUGGGAAGCGCAAGUGUUUUUCUGGAUCCUCUGCUGUACUACUAUGGCUCGUCUCAAUGCAGAAAGCAGAUCCGCUCUGGGUUUUGGUGCGAGAAAGCAAAAAAGAGAUCAAAACCGCAGUCAAACACAAAAACCUCUCAGUGCACUACAGCUGCACAGUAAAAAUAAAAACGAAAAGUUGAUCUCUUAAAACACCAACUAUCCAUUUUCUGAGCUGUAUUUGUUUGCUUACAAGUUAAAAAUGGAUGAUAUAUUUAGGCUGGUCUGUCUCAGCGGUCUAACAGGGCUCAUCAAAUCAAAGUAGGCGGGGUUUACUGUUCACAGAAGCAGAGCGUAAAUUUCAGCGUGAAGCGUCAGUAUUAAUGUUAAAGCAAAGUGAGAUGUAAGUAGCAAAACGUUUAAUAAUGUUUAACAACUUUUUUAUGAUAGAAGUGUUAAAGACGACAGACAGUAAUAUCUAGUGAUGCAAACUACUCAACUUUUUCUCAAAUAUGCUUGUGUUUUUACACUGCGUCAUCAAUCGGCCAUAUUGGCGCCACUGAAUGUAAACAAUGCAUAUUUUGCUGUUUACUGCUGCUGAAAGUGAUCAAUUAUUGUCAUGUUUUGGGCCGUACUAAUUGGUUAGACAGCGAAAAAACAUUUGGAGUACUAUAGACUGCCUAUAACAAAUCAAGGAGAAGAGUGCAAAAAACAGAGGAACAAAAGGCAUUUGUGGUUGGCCAAACUGAACCAGGAUUUCCAUAGCAAGA